AUGCUCAGUCCUCCAGAGCGCGUCGACAAGAAGGAUGAACACGGCACCACACAACCGUCAUCGCCCCCGAUAAUCGAGGUGACUCCUGUACAAACACCCUUUGCGUCUCACGAGCCACGAGAAGCUUUACGACUCCAGACAGAUAUCCCUUUUCCUCCUCAUCACCCCGCGCCUACUAGUCCUCAAACGCACCUGAGGGCGGAACAGUGGGGCCACUCUCCCUCAUCCACCUCGACUACUCCUACGUCUCCGCUCAAAUCCAGCACAGACAGCCGUUUUCGAAAACACAGCAAUGUAUCCCACUCUCGCGACGUCGUUCAGCCUGAACCGGGUGUGGACUUGAACCUCGAGGCAUCUCGACGACUGUACGGCGGUGUUCGUACCAACUGCGAGAUCGAGGUUAUAGAUUAUUCGUCGAAGAUUCAUAACGCUACAGGCGUCAUGGAUAACACGGCCUUUGCAGCUUGGGUGGCGGGCGAAGGACAGAAGUCACGGUCGGAAGGGAGGAAUGUGCGAUGGAUCAACGUGGCCGGUAUUGACUUCGAGGUACUAUUUACCAUUGCCAAGAUGCAUGCCAUGCACCCGAUCGCAGUCAAGAGCUUGUUUCGACAGCAUGAUCGUGCACGUUCCAAGUCUGAUUAUUAUCAUGAACAUCUCCACCUGCGUGUGCUGGCCCAUAUCCUAGUCAGGAGCUCCCAGGACAGCGCAGACGAUCAAGGCAACGACGGUGACGAAUCCCCUCUGUCCUCUUUGCGCGACGUGUCGCCAAUCGAAGGAGUUUCCUCUACCCCGAUACACCGUGCACGUACCUUGCGGGACCAUUUGUCCAUCGAUGGAACUCACCCUACCUCUGCUACGACCGGCUCCCAGUCCGACAUCGGUAUGGACAGUAUUCGGGAUGUAGAAGCAGGUCGAAGCAACCCUUCGAGAGUCAGCUCGAAUCCGCCGACAUAUCCUACCGAUGCGAAUGCGGCAAAACUUUGGCAGCAGGGGGAUGAUCUGGUUGACGUUGAUCUGAAGCUACUCGACGUCUUCAUGUAUCAGGACGGAACGAUCAUCACCUUCGCCCCUGGCCCCGAUUUAAGCUUCACCACACCCAUCUCUCGUCGCUUAUGCCAAGCCGGUAGUCUCCUGCGACAGACAGCGGACGCUUCACUGCUGCUGCAAAGCCUUCUCGAUCUGGUGGCCGACCGCACUCUCGAGGUGGCGGACGAGUAUCGUGUCAGAAUCCAAGACCUAAAGCGUGCGGUGCUCAAAGCCCCCGAAGUUCCAACAGUGCGCGCGCUUCAUGUCCUGUCCGCAGAAAUCAUCUUUCGCAAACGCACGAUGGGACCGAUCAAGACACUCGUGUCCGUACUCAAGGAUUCGGAUGCGAAACGAUCCGCAGUCGCCAUGGGCCGCCGGAAGAGUGGCCAGUCGGUCUCCCCGUACAUCACUCCCGAAGCAAAAGUCUACCUCGCCGACGUUCAGGAGCACAUGGAGUACGCGCUUGCGAAUUUGGACAUGUACGCGGAUAUAACCAAGAAUCUCAUGGAGUACACAUUCGACAUGGCUAGCUAUGAGAUGAACAAGGCUAUGCGAUCUCUCAAUCUGGUCACGGUUAUAUUCUUCCCGCUCACUCUGCUCACGGGUUAUUUCGGCAUGAACUUCACCAGCAUGUGGAGUGUUCAAGAGCACAGUGAUCUUCUCUUUUGGAAGAUCGCGCUUCCAGUCCUCAUCGUUUGCCUCCCGCUGUUUCUCUGGCAAGACCUGAUGCGCGGCGUACGCCACUUGAAAAGGCUCUGGAUUGCUCGGACGCUCAGAAACAUCGCUAAGGACUUGAAGAAACCCGGCGCAAGAAGUUCUGUGCGCGCCGCAUCGUGA